AUGAAAGUGAAGAUAGUUAAAGCUAAGAUAGGAACGCAAAAAGUGAAUUGUUGCCUCGAACAAGGAUUUCUCAGUCCAUCGAUGUGUUGUGAUAAAUUUCUCAAGCAUAUUGGUGGGAAAAUCACCAGACGAAUAAGUUCUGAAGAUAAAGAUAGUAGAUUUUUUAGGGAGAUGACUACACAUCCGAUUGGAUGGACCGUGAUUUCACUUAUCUUUACUUCAAGUGUAGAACGUAGUCGAUUCAGCGAACGAUAUACAUCUAUCACAAUUCCAACCCAGGUAUUAAUCGUAAAACAUCAACCCGAAUUUCCCAAUCAUAUCAUGUUAGGGUUUGAUUGGUUCACCGGUCGAAAAUAUGAUGAUGAAGAGCUUCAGACAUAUAGAGCAGAAAUUAUCCAAAGAAUCUUGACAUUAAUUAAUACUUCUACUGGGAGACUCGAUGAAAUCGAACAAGUCCUUCAAACCUACUAUAAUAAUUUUGGUAGAGUUGCAACUGAAUUCGAAAUAAUCAAUGGAG